UAAUUUCAUAGUACCAUUAUCAGAGGCAGCCAGCCUGUACUACACCCUACCGGCUGUUUCGUGGCUCAGCCCUUCAUUCACAGUCGCUUCUGGCGCUUCUGUACCUUUCUUAUCAAUCUGUAACGGGAAAGAGUCUUAAACCUAGUGUGGACCGAUAUUUCGCCAUGGAUGCUUUGAAAUCAGCCGGUAGAGCAAUAAUCAAGAGCCCCGGAGUACCACGGCACACAUGGGGUACCUCCAAGCACGAAAAACUUCCCGAGAACUGGACAGAUACGAAAGAGACUCUUCUGGAAGGCAUGGCGUUCAGUGUGAAAUACCUGGGAAUGACCCUUGUGGAACAGCCCAAGGGGGAGGAGAUGGCUUCAGCAGCUAUCAGAAGGAUAGUUUCCAUGGCUAGAGCCAGUGCAAAAAAGUUUCGGAAAGUAACGUUGACAGUUUCUCCGAAAGGGAUCAUCCUGACAGAUACGGACACCAAUGAACUAAUUGAAAAUGUCUCCAUAUACAGAAUUUCCUAUUGCACUGCAGACAAAGCUCAGGACAAGGUGUUUGCCUAUGUUGCCCAGAGCCAGUUUAAUGAGACACUGGAAUGUCAUGCCUUUCUCUGUCCCAAAAAGAAAAUUGCCCAAGCAGUAACUCUGACUGUUGCUCAGGCCUUCAAAGUUGCCCUGGACCUCUGGGAACUUGCACAAGAAGACAAAAGCAAGAAGGUCCACCCAUGCUGCUCCUGCUCAGAAAUGGACUCCAAACGUGAACCGAAAAGCCACUGUGUCUCAGACUUAGAAACAAACAAAGGCCUAAGCGAAGAAGAAAAGUUAAAGAAGCCUUUUUUCUCCUCAUCUUUUCACUCCAAGUCACAGCACAACAGCCCGGUCCGAAGACCACCUAUAAAACAAGACUCAUGGACUGGCAGAGUCCCGGACCAGAACGGAGUCUUAAGAUGCAGCUAUAAACUUCAUUGUGACUCAGGAGAAUCAGCUUCAGAACCGCAGAGUGUCCCAUCCAUGGGCUCUGAUGAUCCCAGAUGAAGAAAACAGAGACUACAGAAAUGCAAGGGGAACUCAGUUUUCCAUAGAUAGAAGGGAGAUGCCCAGUUUUAAGUAGUACGUUCAAUGAGGCAAAUAAAACUGGGCACAGGUAUGUCCUGUGUUACCUUCUGGAAUUGCUAAGACAUAUUUUGCCUAGAUCUUCUAUAAUACAGUGAGAGUGUGCACUGAAGACACACACAAUGUAAGUCAUGGAGGCAGAUUUGUUUCAUGGAACUGAUUUGUCUUCUGUUGUAAUUAUACUGUUUUGCCUCAAGCUAUUGUCCAUAAGAGGGUUCAUCUCCUAAAAAAUGCAGUGUUAUGAAAGCAGCCUUGGGGUCGAUUACUAUCAUCAAGCUCAUCUAAAUUACUCUUUUCUUAGCUGUACAUUACAAGAAUUUUAGCAACACUGUAUAUCAAACUCCAAUGUGAUUUUAUUGCAAGUCCUUUGUUUUCCAUUGUGUCCUAUUAAGAUGAUAAAUUACAACAUGAAAUAAUAAAUUCCUGGAUAAAAACUGC